AUGAAGGUUGUAGUAAGAGAAUCAACGAUGGUGAGGCCUGGGGAGGAGACACCGACAACAACGCUAUGGAACUCUAGCCUCGAUCUCAUUGCAGUGAAUACCCACGCGAUAACGGUCUAUUUUUACGGGCCCAACGAUGCUACCAACUUCUUUGAUACGAAAGUGAUGAAGGACGCUUUGAGCAGGGCGUUAGUUUCGUUUUACCCACUAGCAGGACGAUUUAAACAAGACGAAGAUGGUCGGGUUGAGAUCGAUUGUCAAGGCCAAGGGGUGUUGUUUCUGGAAGCCGAGUCAGAUGGUAUUAUCGAUGAUUUAGGUGACUUUGCACCCACGUCAGAGUCCUUGAAACUUAUACCGGUGGUUGAUUACUCCCUAGGACUUGGCUCAUAUCCUCUGCUGAACUUGCAGGUAACUUACUUCAAAUGUGGUGGGGUUUCACUAGGAGUUGGGAUACAUCAUCGUGUCGUAGAUGGGAUGUCAGCGGUGCAUUUCAUGAACACAUGGUUGGAUAUGGCUCGUGGCAUAGACAUCACGCACCCACCCUUCAUAGACCGGACCCUCAUUCGUGCAAGGGACAAGCCACAAUCCCUUUUUGAGCAUAGGGAAUACCACCCAGCUCCAACACCCCAAGUCCCAUUGGAUAACACCAAAACCGUCAACUCAAUUUUCAAGUUAACACGAGACCAACUCGAUACACUAAAAGCAAAAUCAAAGGAAGAUGGUAACACAGUCAGCUACAGUAGUUUUGAAAUUCUCUCAGGCCAUAUUUUGAAGUGCCUGUGUAAAGCCCAGGGGAUGCCAGACGAUCAAGACGCCAAGAUCACAAUCCCCACCGAUGGAAGGACCCGUUUUCAACCACCACUUCCACCAGGCUAUUUCGGGAAUGUGAUCAUCAGAGCCAGUGCUAUACUAACAGCAGGCGAAAUUCAGUCAAAACCUACAUGGUAUGCUGCAAGUAUAAUUCACGAUGCAAUAGUGAAGAUGAAUAACGAUUAUUUAAAAUCAGUGCUGGACUAUCUGGAGCGACACCUUGUUCAUAAGCCUGAUGUCCCUUCUUUUAAGGAAAAUUGUUGGGUUAGGCUCCCGGUUCACAACGCUGACUUUGGAUGGGGCCGGCCCAUCUUCAUGGGGCCUGCACGGAUGCCACCACGCGCAUGUUUUGUGUUACCAAGCCCGAUAAAUGACGGGAGCUUAUCCAUCUUUAUUGGGCUGGAAGUUGAACAAGUGAAUCUUUUCCGCAACUUGUUUUAUGCAAUCUGA